ACGAACAAAAACAUGUGACAUGUUCAAACAAAUAAAAAAAUUAAAAUUUUCUAUUAAAGUGAAAUUCUCCGAUACCAAGAACAACCGCCAUUUUGCAAUUGCUUCCAUUGUAUUGCGGCGUUGAAGCAUAUGAUCACUGUGUCCAGAUCUUUCUCGGUUAAUGAAGUUGGGCGCUAUAACUUGCUCAGUGGUUGCACAUCAUCAUCAAGGAUGGAGGUUCUUUACCUCUAUAUUGUCACAUAUCGGCCUUGUUCAACUUCUGGAUAACAUAUUAAGCCUCCUCUUAUUGUCAUUCAUCUCAAGUAGCAGUUUGAACUUUCAAACAGAUUGCAAACGCACAUGUGGAAAUACAAACAUCCCAUACCCAUUUGGAAUGGGGCCUAAUUCAUACUGCUAUUUGGAUUCCAACUUCAACGUGGAAUGUGAUUCUUCGUCUUCCCCAAACAAAGCAUAUCUGAAGGAAUUCAAUCUGGAGAUCGUGGAGCUCAAACCAAAGAGUUCAUUGGGAGGUGUACUGAUUGUGAAAAUUCCACCAAUAAGUAUCUGCGAAAGCAAAAAUAGUAGCAAAGAGAUGUGGAUCCCGAUAAGCCACAACUUAACCAAAGCUAUCUUCUAUUUUGCUGACAGCAACGAAGAAUAUGGUGACUACACAAAUGUAUUUGUAUCAGUUGGAUGUGGGAAUGGAUAUGGUUUGAUGUAUGAUAUUAAGCGUGAAAUCAUAACAGGAUGUACCUCGGUUUGUAAGCCUAAUCCACCUUUUAAAGAAGUUACUAAUAAUAGCAUAUGCUACGGCUAUCUUUGUUGUCAGACAAAUUUCCAUUUGCCCGGGGAGUUUGGUAUAAAAGUGAACAACAAAGGUACAAAUGGAAGUUGCAGGUCAGCCUUCUUGAUUAGCAAGAAAUAUUUGGAAGCUGGAACACCAUUAACAGCAUCAGGAACCAUUCCUGUACCCGUUGUUCUUGUUUGGGGCGAUCCAUUUGAUCAAUCAUUAGUUGAGAAGUACGGCAUUGUGGUCGCAAUUUCGUCAGUUGUUGGCGCAUCACUUGCAACUUGUGGAUGUUGUUGGGGUUUGUGGCGAUUGAAAACAAAAAGGAGAAGAGAAGAGCAUAAACUUCGGAAAAAAUAUUUCAUUGAAAAACUAGAUGAACAAGGAUUUUCAAACAGAGAAUCAACUGAAAAAAUCAAAAUCUUCACGUUAUCAGAACUAAAGAGAUACACAGACAACUUCAAUAAGAAUCGUGUUCUUGGGCUAGGAGGACAAGGUACGAUUUACAAAGGAAUGCUAAAAGAUGGUAAAGUUAUCGCUGUUAAAAGAUCAAAAUCUCUCGAUCAAAAUCAAUGGAAGCCAUUCAUAAAUGAGAUAAUUCUUCUUUCCCAAAUUAAACAUAGACAUGUGGUCAAGAUUUUGGGAUGUUGCUUGGAAGGUAACAUUCCUUUUGUUGUUUAUGAGUAUAUAUCCAAUGGUACUCUAUCAGAGCUUAUCCAUAAUUCUAUUACUGUUAACUUCAUAUUCACAUGGGAAAUCCGUUUGAGAAUCGCUUAUGAAACUGCAACUGCGAUUGAUUAUCUUCAUGUAGGAUUUCCAACACCUAUCUACCACAGAGACAUAAAAUCUAGCAACAUACUUUUGGAUGAUAAAUUCAGAGCUAAACUUUCUGAUUUUGGAAUAUCUCGAGUGGUUGGCAUAGAUCAUUCUCAUCUGUCGACUUGUGUUCAGGGCACAUUUGGUUAUUUAGAUCCUGAAUAUUUCUAUUCAAGUCAAUAUACAGAGAAGAGCGAUGUAUAUAGUUUUGGAGUAAUUUUGAUAGAGCUUUUGACCGGACAAAAACCUAUUCGACCAUUAGACAAUGAAGAAGAAGAAGAUAGAAGCUUGGUAGAGUAUUUUAUUUCAUCAAUGAAUGAGUCUACUUUGUUCAACAUUGUGGAUCCCAUAGUUUUGGAGGGUGGGAAGCCAGAGGAUAUCAUCAAUUUUUCAAAUAUUGCUAAAUCAUGUUUGAACCCAAUAAGACAAGAGAGGCCAACCAUGAAAGAAGUAACAAUGGGAUUAGAAGGUUUAUGGUGUUUAAGAUCUUUAUCUAUGAACAAAAUUUCAGAAGCUACAACAAGACUAAAUGAUCAAAUUAGUGAUUGGAGAAUUAAAAGUUCAAGUAGUACAUUUUCAGAAAUUGACAAUGCUUCUUUUAGGGCAAUCACUUUUGAUAACAUUGAUCUCAAUAUCACUUCUUGUUCCAAGGAAGUUGAGAUGCGUUUGCUUCAUACAAAUUGAUCAUGCAGGAUACUUGAAGGGUAAUAAUGGAGUAUUAAUAAUUAAUGUAUUGUAAUUCUAUGUCAUAAAUAUAUCUAGUCAUUACCAAAAGCGUUUGUGGCUUAAUAGAUAGAGCAUCUGCAUGUUGAGCAGAAGGUUUGAGGUUUAACCCCUACUGUAAUUGAUUACUUACAUUAAGAAUUUCCUUUACCUAUAUACUAUAUGGAUAUACAAUCCAACAACA